AUCUCCACAGUUAGCUCCAAAUCUCCAAAAACCUUUUGUGUUCUUGCGAUCUUUCUCUGUAGCAAAGCUCAAUGGCUUCAUCGAUCUCAAUCGCUCUCAGGAGGGCCUCGUCCCCAAGCAUCUUCUCCAAGCUCUUCAACCCUGUUCGCUCUGUUUCUGCAGCUCCCUCUGUUUCCCGCUCCUUCAACACCAACGUCCAGAGGUCCAGCUACGACGACGAUGACCGCAGCGUCUCCGUCGACCGCACCUCCCGUGGCUCUCCCUCUCGCCGCCGUGACCCCAUUGCAGAUGUGUUCGAUCCAUUUUACGAUGAUUCCCGGGUUCUUGCAAGAAAUCUGAACCAGUUGCCAAGGAGCCUGAGCCAGGUCUUCAACUUGAUGGACCAAUUCAUGGAGAAUCCGUACCUGGCUGCAUCUAGAGGCAUUGGAGCAGCUGGAUCAAGAAGAGGGUGGGACGUGAAGGAAAACGACGACGCAUUGCUGCUGAGGAUGGACAUGCCAGGGCUGAACAAGGAGGACGUGAAGGUGUCGGUGGAGCAGAACACUCUGACUGUGAAAGGAGAAGGAAACGAAGCUGAGGAUGAAGAAGAUGGAGGGAGGAGGUUCUCUACCAGAUUGGAUCUGCCUCCUAAUGUUUACGAGCUUGACUCGAUCAAGGCUGAGAUGAAGAAUGGGGUUCUCAAGUUGGUGGUUCCUAAGGUGAAAGAGGCAAAGAACAAUGUGUUUGAGGUGAAGGUUGACUAGAGUUGGUUGGGUUGGUUUAGUGACUUCCUGUGGUCUUUGAACAUAUAGUCCUUUUUGGAUGGUAGGUUUUAUGGUUUCAUCUGGGAUAGUGAACUCUGUUUUUCGAUAAAUAAGUCCGAAUCAGAGUGGAUCAACAGGUUGUAUCUUCAGCCAAAUGCAGUAACGUUGUUCUUGACAAUU